AUGGACAGAAGAAACUGUAGCCUGCCAGUGGCGAAUAUAUCGUCAAACAAUCCUGUCUUCAAUGACCUUAAACCUCCGAAGUACCCGCCCAUAAGGGCGAUUCGUGCUGGAUCCAUCGGCGCAGCGAAGUCGUCAUACCAAUGGGUUGCUGUCAAAUAUAUGUAUCACCGUAAAUCGUACUGGUUCGUCAUGAUAGUUGCAGCUUGA